CGUCGCCACACGCGUACAUCACCCCGACCUUCCCUUCCCUUCCUUUCCCUUCCCCAACUCCGCUACAAUGGCCGCCACCAAGCCCCCGAGCUGCUCCACCCGCCUCAGAUCUCCGGCCUCCACCGCCGCCGCCUGCUUCCUCCCGGCCGCCGCCCUCUUCCUCCUCGUCCUCCUCCGCCGCCCUCCCAUGGGCUCCUUCCCUCCCGCUGUCCCAGGUGGCUCCGUGUCGUCCCGGCGCGCGGAGCUGUACGGCAGGAUGGCGCGGGACCUCGACGAGCGCGGCGCGGCGUUCUUGGAGGGCGGGGAGACGUCGCAGUCGCUCACGCUGUCGGAGCUCUUCGACACCAGGGAGGACGGCGCCGUCGUGCCCAGGCUCAAGGUCGCCAACCCGCCGGUGCGCGCGAAUGUGCUGUACCUGGAUCCCGAGUUUGCUGCUGUGAUAUCGAAAGCUGUGAAGGAAGUGUUCCUUCCUUAUUUUAAUCAAGCUAUCUGGUUCCAAAAUACAAGCAUCUAUCACUUCAGUAUGUUUCAUACCUCCCAUCACCUCGAGCCCAUUGUAGCAACCGUAGAACAGAUUGAAGCUGAAGUGGGUGCUGUAAAAAGAGUUAGUGAGGCUGUUUGCCCCCUUAGAAUUGUCCUGGAUCGAGUGGUUUUGACAUCAACUGGAGUGCUUCUUGGCCUGUGGCAGGUUGAAUCUGGUACUGAUCCUGCAGACAUCCGUUCAAGAUUGAGAGAGGCUCUACCUCAUGCACCUCAAAAGCAGCUGUAUGACCCUGUUCUGCUUCACACCUCUUUGGCACGUAUUCUGGGACAUCCAAAGCUCCCACAAGAGGGAAGUGCACAGUCUCUUGAUCGUGUCAAGUUCUUCCAUGACCUGGUUGCACAAGUUAAUCGGAAGAUUCGUGGCUUCAAGGCGACAGUAUCAGAGCUAUGGUUUGUGGAAGAGUAUGAUGUCCUUGCACUGGCAUUGAAUGGAAAGAUGAAGGUACGAAGGCUCCAAUUCGGUUGCAAUGAAGGUCUAGGCAAUGGAAAAAUAUAGAGAAUGACCAACAGGAACAAAGCCAUACUUGGAGCCCCAAAACUCCAAAAUAUAAUGAUGUUUGAAUGCCUCACCUAAAUCAUCAUCCACGCCAUCAUUUGAUCUGCCGAGCUAUGACAAAUGCAUUGGGAGACUGGUAAAGCGACGACAGAUUUGCAACAUAUUCUUGUGCAGAAAAUCAUAUGCAGUGAUAUGUAUGUAGUUUUUUUCGCUGUGAAAAGCUGCCGCACUGUUUGUACCAUUGAUGUUCCAUAAUUUUCUGUACCUGCUUAUGCUUCAUUUCUGGCAUACAGAGAGUGUAUUAAUAGUACCAAAAGAAUGAUGAACCUUUCAGAGGAAGAAAGAGGCUACAAUAUGCAGUGCAGUCUCUUUGGCUAUCUUCUGUACAUCUAAAUUA